UCUCUGUGCAAUUAUCUUCACCGAAAGUCAAAUCGAAUCAUCGCCGGAGCUUCACUUCCUCACAAUGCACAACGCCGACUACUCCUCCGCCACUUACUACCACCAACAGCACUUCCAACCAUCCCCCAAUCCAAACCCUAACCCCACCGAUCCUCUUCACCCCGCCCCACCCCCACCCUCGCCCUACGCCUCCGCCCCGCCCUUCUCCGCCAACACUUACACCCCUCCUCCGCCGCCUCCCUCCACCGACUACUCACCCUACCACCACAAUUACCCUUCCCUGCCCCUAACUCCAGAUCCUCUCCCCGCCGCCACAGCCUAUUCGCAGCCUCAAUCGCAUUACUCCUUCCCUCAAUUCGAAGCCCACGCCUCCUACCGGCCGCCUCCCCACUCCCAGACGCCCUCCUACUACGAUCACCCCGCGCCGAAUUAUGCAUCGAACCCGAAUCACAAUCCCGUUUCCCCCAAUUCGGGUUAUCCGUCGAUUCACCCGCCACCUGCUCAAUACUCUCAGCCGAAUUCCAAUCUCUACGAAUCUCAGUAUGAUAAUCACGAUGUGAAUUUGAGCCGGAGCAGGUUGGAUUUGGGAACCGAAAUGUAUGGCAAGCGACCUGAGAGUGGGUAUGGGAGUGAUAGCCCCUAUGGGAAUACUGAAGGGGUUUAUGCCUACAGGGGGAGGAAUGAACCUUAUGGAGCUAGGGGGACCACUCCGAAUUCUUCAACCUGGUCCGGCUUUGAUGAUUUCGGGAGGCCCAUUGGGCACUCAUCUCCUUCGUCAUCAGAGAAAGAGCGGCCGAAAAGUUCGUCAUUGAAGGUUGUGAGAGCUGUGCCGAAGGCUGAUGUCCACCAGGACCCGAAGAGUUCGGUUCAGAAGUUCAGGGUGAAGCUGUUGGCAGAAAGUGGUGGGCAGAGCACCAUGGAUGUACUUUGCCAGAUUGGCUUAGAUGGAAUCCGUAUGCUGGACCCAAGUACCAACCGCACAUUGAGGAUCUAUCUUCUUGACACAAUAACCAGAUGUGAAGCUAUUGAAUCAGCGAUAUUUGCUUUCUGGUCAAAAAGUUCUGUUGACUUUGAAGCUAGGCGUAUUAGAUUGAAAUCUAACAGUUAUACCACAACAACCAUUUUGGAUACAGUUACUGCUGCGAUUGCACAGUAUAAGGAGAUGAGUGGAAGAACCCGUCCAACUGAGUAUCCAAAGAUUGCUGAACAACCUGCUGAGAAGAAGAAAGGUUUUGCUGAUUUUAUCAAUAAGAUCAAACCUGUCAAUGAGGAGAAAGAUCACUGGGUUCCUGAUGAAGCGACAUCAAAAUGCACAUCCUGUGGAACAGACUUUGGUGCUUUUGUCCGGAGGCAUCAUUGCAGGAACUGUGGAGAUAUAUUUUGUGACAAGUGCACUCAGGGUAGAACUGCUCUGAAUUCUGACGAGAAUGCUCCUGUUGUUAGAGUUUGUGAUCGAUGCUUGGCGGAAGUUUCUCGGAGAUUGAACAGUGCUAAGGAAGGUGCCAGCAGAUCAACCAUCGUUCAAAAUCAUGAGGAUCUUGCCAAGAAACUUCAGGAGGAGAUGGAGAGAAGUUGCAAAGUUUCAUCAGGCUCGAGAUCAGGUGGUUCUGGAAGACGGAUGAAAGAGGUUGCCUGCCCAACGUGUACAGUCCAUUUGCAGGUUCAAGUGCCAAGUUCUGGUUCAGAGACGAUUGAGUGUGGGGUUUGCCAACAUCCUUUUUUGGUUACUGGCAAUUAAACCAUAUCUUAUUGGUAUAUUUGAUUCUCGGUGUAUGUCUCGGUCUCGGUCGAGUAUUCUACUGAAGUUUGGGUUUUAAUGUUUGUUCUUUUGGUAUAUUAGUUAUUUUGUGAUGUGAAUUAAGCAGGCUUUGCUUUGUUUACCUGUAUUCAGUGUGUUCAUAUUCUGGUGUGCAGCUCUUCUGUUGUCAUAUUUACUUAAUUGACUUAAAAAUGUAAAUUAAGUUCGAAUCACUAGGAGAAUUUAUAUGUUUGAUGUGA